AUGCUGGAAGUAGGCAUGUUCAGCCUGCUAAAUCCGAAGUUGACGCCAUCAGGCAUGUUCGAGACAGCCAUCAAUGAGGUCAUUCGUGGACUUGAUGUGUUGGCAUAUCAUGACGGCGUUAUUGUGUUUGGUAUAACGAAGGCUGAACACGACGACCGACUCCCCAAAUUACUGGAGCGUUUUGCUCAAAAGAAUGUGUCGAUUCGGGCCUCUAAAUGCACACUCAGCUCUCUGAAAUUGGAAUUUUUGGAUAUCAUUGUUGAUGUGAAAGGUUCUUGUCCUGACCCUGGUUUCUCUCGUCCCUCAACUGAACUUGAAUCACCGAAAGAUCAGCGCCAACUGAGGUCUAUCAUGGGAUACUACUCACGUUUCAUCCCGAACUUUGCCACGAGGGCUCAACCGCUGUUUGCAGCAGAAUGGAAGUGGACCGCUAAGUAUGAACAAAUUCUAGGCGAACUCAUCUAG